AUGGCUUGGUUAUCACGCCUCUCCGCCGUCGCGGGUCUCGUGACAGUGGCACUCGCCGCAGAAGCAUCAACAUCGUCAUCCAAGACUCCCGCUGCCGCGCCCUGUGCACAGAUUGCCGCCUUGUACAAGAAAGAUGUAAAUCGAUUUUCGAGUGAGCUUGGACUCGCUUGUCUGGAAUCAAUACCUUUCAAGUCCGACCUCGCAGUGCAAUUCGUCGAUGACUACACCAAAUAUCUUCAGUGGCAAUCCACGACCGAGAUCCUGAGAGAUCCGCCCAAAGGCUCCGUCUCCUCCACCAUCGACCUCUUUGGUGGCAUGGCAAACAUUCGUGAUAGGGCAGCCGCGAACCUGUACAAGUCCCAAUACGACUUUGACCUCGACUUGACCCAUCUCAUUGGCUUUGCAAAUGAUGGCCAUCUCUCCCUUACGCCGUGUUCAUUCGGCGCCCUUGGCUGGGUCAGCUCUCUUGCUUUAGCUUCACUCUCCGCCGAUGGCGUCUCUAUUCCCAAACUUUACACGCUGACGGACGGCAUCCUCCUAGCAAGGGGAAACACAGACGUAUCCCCCGUGAUACUCAUCAACGGAGUUGGAGCCGAGGUGUAUAUCGAGGAACUCGCCGAGAAUGAGGGUCUCCAGGACGCCGAUGCUCGAUACAACUCCAUGUUGGCCAACGUGCCCAUUGGCCGCGAUGGCGUAGAGCGCGAUGGCGGCCUCACGUUCUUUAGGUCAUUCCCAGGCGUCCACGAGUUCAACGUCACAUUUGCCAACGGAACCAAGGCUUCUUUCCCUCUCACCACGGGCACCUUGACGUCCCUCCCUGACUUUCCUUUCCAGAGUGGCGAGGACAUUUGGGAUGCUCUCUGUGACCCGGCGAAUGCUGAGCCCUCGAAAAAGAGGUCUGUUCAAGAUAUUGUCAGGAACGUUAAGCGAGCGGCGAAAGCAGAGGAACAACCCGCACCCCUCACAUACCCCAAGCCCGUUGUCAAGGAUCCCUUCAACCUGUUGAUUGGAUACUUUCCUGAUGAUGCAGAACUCAAAGAUGUGGCUGUCUUGACUGUUCCUACCUUUUCGACGUCGGGCGAUGGCCUCCCAGAUGACCAGGUCAAGAACUUUGCUCUCGAGGCUCAAGAUUUCGUUAAAAGGGCUCUCGCUUCCGGCAAGGACAGGAUCAUCAUCGACGUCACCAACAACGGCGGUGGUGUUAUCGACUCGGGCUUCGCUUUGGUCAGCAUCUUCUUCCCCAACAUGACCAUCUUCUCGGCAACCAGAUUCCGCUCCGUUCCCGCAACCCAGUUUAUUGUCGAGGCCACCAGCCGCACCAAGAAUCCUUCCGAAGAUCUGCUGGUGACUUCUUUCGGCUUCUCCGUCCCCGAAUUGGUCCAACCAGACCAGAAGACUACGUUUAAGACCGUGGCAGAUUUCCUGGGCCCCUUUGAAACAUUCGGUGUCCCCUCAACGGCCAUUGUCGCCGGCAACGAUUUUGACGAGACCGACCCGAACUCGUCCCCCAUCAACAUCUUUGGUCUUGGAGGAGGCCUCAACGGAACGGAGCCUCCUUUCAAGCCCGAGAACAUUGCCAUUCUCACUGAUGGCCAGUGCUCCUCAACCUGCACCAUCUUCAUCAACCACAUGAUUCCCUAUGGCGUCCGCGUUUUCGCCUCUGGCGGUCGACCCCAAAACGGCCCCAUGCAGGGAAUCGGUGGUGUCAAGGGCAGCCAGGUUCUCGAACUCGAAAACAUCUCACAGCUUUACGACGAGGCCAACGAACUCGUGCAAAACGCCACCGACGCCAAGAAGCCGCUGUUCACCGAGAAGGAAUAUUCCGUGUUCUCGUCUUCCAUCCCCCCUCCCAUUGACAAGCUACCCUUCAGAAUCACCUCAGGAGCAGUCAACUUUCGAAACGCAUUUGCUCCAUUCAAUGAUCAGAUUCCUACCCACUUCAUCUACCAGCCCGCCGACUGCCGCUUGUUCUACACCGCUGAGAUGCUUCUCAAGCCGGAAUUGCUCUGGGUGAACGCCGCCAAAUCCGCGUGGCACAAUGCCGCAUGUGCCUUUUCGGUCCCGUCUCAAAAGGCCAUCAAGGCUGACGACGAUGCCACCCCAGCCUCUGGAUCCGUCAAGUCUGAAUCUAACCCGACUACCACGGAGGCUCCCCAGCCAACUUCUACAACUUCUACACACUCUUCGGAUGACACUCCCGCGGCGUCUGGUGACUCGUCGUCUUCGAAGAAGAAGACGCUGUCUCCGGCCCACAAGGCACUUGGCCUGCUAUUGGCCAUGGCCGAGGGAUUGAGGCCCCAGUAA